AUGCAGCCAAGCAUCAAAAAAAGAGAUUACAGGCAGAGAGCACAUGCAAACCCAUUCAAGGAUAACAACAUUGACAUUCCAUCAGAUCCACAAUCUGUAGACUGGACGAAGUAUUUUUAUUGUAACAUAUCUGAUGACGCUACAAAGUUGAUAGACAGUUCCAGAAAGCCUGAUUUCGUAGAUAUAGGCUGUGGAUAUGGAAAAUUUCUUUUGAAGGUUGCUGCAAAGCAUCCUGAACACCACAUUUUAGGAAUAGAAUUGAGAGAUAAGGUACAUGAUUAUGUAAAGACUAUGAUAAGCAGCAUGAACGUGCUCAAUGCAGGAAUAAUGAAAACAAAUGCAAUGAUCUUUCUUCCGAAUAUAUUUGAGGCAAGACAGCUGUCUAAGGUUUUCGUGUUAUUUCCAGAUCCUCACUUCAAGAAAAGAAAGUGGAAGGGACGUGUAGUGUCACCUCAAAUGAUGGAGGUAUACGAAUACCUGUUAAUGAAGGGAGGAAGGCUUUAUAUAUCGACAGAUGUCGAAGAGCUGUUUAACUACAUGGACGAGACCAUUGUUUCAAGUAGGCUUUUCAGACCCCUUUCUGAGGAUGAGGCAGCUCUUGACGAGAUGUCUAGCAUGAUUUCCAGAGACACAGACGAGGCAGGCAGAGCAGGAGCAAAGUCUGGAAAGGUAUUUUCAAGAGUGUUUGAAGUCAAUAAGGAAUGA